AUGUCAGCUUCGAGCGACGUAUUGAUUAUUGGGGCUGGGCUAGCUGGUCUUUCUGCCGCGUACAACCUCAGUAAAGCAGGUAAAACUGUCCAAGUUGUCGAAGCAAGAGAUCGGAUUGGGGGACGAGCGUGGACAGAUUAUUCGUUUGGAUUUCCUGUUGAGCUCGGAUGUAUGGCUAUCCAUGGAUAUAACCAAGGAAAUCCAGUGCUCGGAUACGCGAAGACUUUAGGCCUGGAAACCAAACUCCUACCAGCUUCACCAGGAACAUCGUUCACAAAGGAUGGACCGUUGGACGCUGAUCUUACUCGAAGACUUCAUACAAACAUAUUCUUAGCCAUGUCACACAUGAACAAAGUGACAUCUGAACCCUUAUCGGACUCAUCUUCUGCUGCAGACAUCUUGCUAUCAUCCUCUUCCCCUUUGUACACAGGGCUUUCUGAAACCGAGAAAGAGAAGGCCACUGCGCUUGCUCGAGCAGCGGAAAUUGGAUGGGGUAUAUCUCUUGAAGAAGCUUCUGCUCAUUGGUCUGGAUGGGCUUCUGGGGUGGCGUUCGCAGGUUCAGAUGGUAUCGUCGUUGGUGGAUAUGGAAAACUAGUCGCAGCGCUACGUGCUGCAGCCGAAGAAACAGGGAAAGCAUCGUUUGUACUGAAUGCGCAUGUAUCGAAGGUUGAUAAAACCAACGAUGGUCGAAUUCAGAUUCAUACUUCCAAUGGGCAAGUAUAUAAUGGUCGAGCGGCUCUGAGCACGAUACCACUAGGUACCUUGAAGAAGUUGACAGAUGAUUUCUUUGAUCCACCACUUCCUGCUCGCAAGAGCUCUGUCAUUUCUCGUACCGCGGUUGGUAUCCUCGAGAAAUUCGGUCUACUGUAUGAUUCACUCUGGUGGGAUCCUGCAGCUGGACCUUUCACUAUUCUUUUGAAGAAUGGAACCCUCUUAGCCAUCCCAAUUUCGAGCUCACCACCUUGCCUACAUGUAUUAGUCUCACAUGGUCUCACAGGUUUGUCUGCAGACACAAUUCACAACAUUCUUUCGCAAGCAAUUGCCCCAGAAAAGAUGGUUCCGAAACCAAUCAAGGCAGUUGCUUCGCGCUGGAAAGAUGAUGAACUAUCGCUUGGGGCCACUAGUAGUCCUGUCCGAGUCGGGGAAGGAAGAUCUCCGCUUGACUUUGCAGAACUGGCAAGACCUGUAUGGGGUGGAUUACUCGGGUUUGCGGGAGAAGCGACUGAAUUGGACCACCGAGGUAGUGUUCCUGGGGCGAUUCUGAGUGGAGAACGGGAGGCGCGACGGAUUCAGGCUCUUCUUGAUUGGCAGUAUGUUGUGUGA